CUUCGUUGCCAUAGCUACGUUAAAGAGAGGCCGAGCAUGUUCACGUGACCGACCAAGAUGGCGACAACUUUUGUGAAUUGAUGUGGAUAAUUUAAAUUAAGUGGUUCCGUGUGUCUGGAUGUUUGAUUCUGCUGGUUAAUAGUUCAUCAGCAUCAUGGCCCUAAAUGUGUUUGAUCAUGAUGAAUACAGACCAACAGUAUGGAAGUCCUACUUGUACCAGCUCCAGCAGGAGGCACCUCACCCACGUAGAGUCACCUGCACCUCUGAGGUUGAAAACCGACCUAAGUAUUACGGAAGAGAGUAUCAUGGGAUGAUCUCAAGAGAAGAAGCUGAUCACCUACUGACUCAGGCUGAAGGCAGCUACCUCAUCAGAGAGAGUCAGAGACAACCAGGCACAUACACACUGGCUCUACGGUUUGGAAACCAGACUCGAAAUUUUCGUCUCUAUCAUGAUGGGAAGCACUUUGUUGGAGAGAAAAGGUUUGAGUCCAUCCAUGACCUGGUCACAGAUGGUCUCAUCGCACUCUAUAUUGAGACAAAGGCAGCAGAGUACAUCGCUAAAAUGACUAUUAACCCAAUUUAUGAACAUGUUGGGUACACCACCUUGAACCAGGAGCCCACCCUGAAGAGACACCUGUUGCACAACACUGAUACCCCCGAUGGCCCUGCUCCUGCAAAAGAUGGUCACAGUGCUGAGGAGAGGCUCACAUCAUUGGUGCGGCGGGCCACCCUGAGAGAGAGUGACUUGGUACCCAAGUAUGAGAAGAUCCACAACUUCAAGGUUCAUACAUUCAGGGGCCCUCACUGGUGCGAGUACUGUGCCAACUUCAUGUGGGGUCUCAUCGCUCAGGGAGUAAAAUGUGCAGACUGCGGUUUGAAUGUCCAUAAGCAGUGCUCCAAAAUGGUGCCGAACGACUGCCAGCCAGACCUGCGACAUGUGAAGAAGGUCUACAGUUGUGACUUGACCACGCUGGUCAAAGCCCACAACUCCAAGAGGCCAAUGGUGGUUGACAUGUGCAUACAGGAAAUUGAGGCCAGAGGUCUUCAGUCAGAGGGUUUGUACAGAAUAUCGGGUUUCAGUGAGCUGAUUGAAGAUGUUAAGCUGGCCUUUGACAGAGAUGGCGAGAAGGCUGAUAUUUCCUCUGGUGCUUAUGAGGACAUCAACAUCAUCACUGGAGCGCUGAAAUUAUAUUUCAGAGAUCUUCCAAUUCCACUCAUCACAUAUGAUGCCUACCCAUGGUUCCUAGAUACUGCAAAAAUCACAGAUGAUGAAAAACGAUUGGAGUCUCUCCAUGAGGCUUUGAAGCUGCUGCCUCCAGCUCACUGUGAGACACUACGAUACCUCAUGGCUCAUCUUAAGAGGGUGACCCAGUAUGAGAAGGAAAACCUCAUGACAAGUGAGAACCUGGGUAUUGUCUUCGGCCCCACACUGAUGAGGGCCCCGGAGCUGGAUGCCAUGACAGCACUCAGUGACAUCCGGUACCAGAGACUGGUGGUGGAAAUGCUAAUCACCAACGAAGAUGUCUUGUUUUGAGUUUGGGGGCAGACACGUCUACACAAAAAAUGACUCAUGAUGAGACAUUCUGACAUGUUUGUGAAAAACAUACAGACGGAAAGAAAAUGGCCUGCUGCAUCUUCACCCGAUGACAGAUUCAUCUUCUACUGCAAAAUACAGAAA